UAAUUCAGGAAUCAGGACUCACUCAUACACAUUCCUCCUCCAAGAAGUGUGGAGCAAAGCCGGCAAGGAGCAGCAGCGUCGGCGGCAGAGUCCUCUCCCAGCCCGGCAGCACGUGGAGGGACGGAGGGCAGGGGGGAAAGACACUUUUUAGAUUUAACACUAAAGUGUAGGUAGGAUUCAAGUUGAUAUAAAGACUUCCCAGUUAACCCCGCGGCUCGGGGUUAACGCUACGACGCCGCUGUCGACAUGGAUAAAGUUAUUAAUUGCUUGUUUGCUGCAUUAACGCUGCUUCUGUCCGCGAGAGGGGAAGUUUUUAAAGGCGAUUGUAACUUUGAGAAGCCGCUGGCAGCCUGUGGGUACAGCCAAGGCAGAGACGAUGACCUUGACUGGGAACAGUCCACGACCAGGGAGAAGACUUCCUCAGACCCAUGGAUGCCCUCAGGUUCAGCCUACAUGAUGGUGAACACAUCAGGACGCUUUGCCGGGCAGAAGGCCUUACUGCUUACACCACAGCUACGGGAGAAUGACACCCAUUGUGUCACCUUCCACUACUACAUCGGAGGCAGAGACAACAGCCACCCCGGCCACCUCAAUGUGUAUAUCAAAGAAAACAACAGUCCCAUGGGGAUGCCUGUUUGGAACGUGUCGGGCCCAGCCUCUCGCUCCUGGGGACAGAUGGAGCUGGCCAUCAGCACCUACUGGCCCAACUUCUACCAGAUUGUGUUUGAAGCCGUAACCUCGGGGCAGCGUGGCUUGCUGGCCAUCAAAGACAUCGUGGUCCAGGGCCACCAGUGCAUGAACACUCCGCACUUCCUGACUAUAAAGGGAGUGGAGGUCAACGCCGGACAGACUGCAUCUUUUCACUGCACCGUCAAUGGACGCAAAAGGGACAAUUUCCGCCUCUGGCUCCAGGGCAUCGGUGGACGGGAGGCCCCAAUGAAAGCCACUAAACCUUGGAACAACCGGCGCUUCAUAGGCACUUUCGACAUAGAGAACACGACCAAGGGCGACUCGGGACGCUACCGCUGCAUCGUCCACUCAGACAAAGGGGUUGGAGUGUCCAAUUAUGGAGAAUUAACCAUAAAACAGCCCCCAGUCCCGAUUGCACCACCUCAGCUGACUGCUGUUGGCGCCACCUACCUUUGGAUCCAACUGAACGCUAACUCCAUCAACGGGGACGGCCCGAUCAUUGACAGAGAGGUGGAAUACCGCACUGUGUCCGGUACCAUGUACGAUCUGCAGCCCGUAGACAAGACCACACAUAAGAUCGGCCAUCUGGAUCCGGACACAGAAUACGAGAUCAGUGUUCUGCUGACCAGACCUCUGGAGGGAGGCACGGGAGCCCCUGGACCCCCGCUGAGAGCCAGGACCAAAUGUGCUGAGCCCAUGCAUGGCCCGCAGAAGCUAGAAGUGGUGGAUAUCCAAUCCAAACAGGUGACGGUGCGCUGGGAGCCUCUUGGCUACAACGUGACCCGCUGCCAUAGCUACAACCUGACCGUUCAGUACCGCUCCAGGGUGGCCGGCAAGGAGGAGACCCGGGAGGAGGUGUGUUACGACACCCAGAGCCGCGAUCCUCAGCACACCAUCCACAACCUGACGCCCUUCACCAACCUGAGUGUCAAACUGGUGCUACGCAAUCCAGAGGGGGUGAAGGAGAGCAUGGAGCUGGAGGUCCAGACUGAUGAGGAUGUUCCUGGAGCUGUUCCUCUGGAGUCCAUUCAGGGCAGCGCCUACGAGGAGAAGAUCAUCCUGAAAUGGAGAGAACCAGCGCAGACCUACGGGAUCAUCACUCAGUAUGAGAUCUCCUACAAGGCGGUGAGCUCGUUUGACCCUGAGCUGGACCUCUCCAACCAGAGCGGGAAAGUCGUGAAGCUGGGCAACGAGACCACCCACAUGUUUACAGGCCUCUACCCAGGCUCCACAUACUCCUUCACCCUACGCGCUAGCACAGCCAAGGGCUAUGGCCCCCCUAUCAUCACCCAGUUCACCACCAAGAUUUCAGCUCCUUCUAUGCCGGCGUACGACCAAGAGACCUCUCUGAACCAGACAGACAGCACGGUGACUGUGCUGCUUAAACCGGCUCAGAGCAGAGGUGCACCUGUGAGUGCAUACCAGGUGGUGGUGGAGGAGGAACGUCCACGCAGAGCACGAGGCACAGCAGAAAUCCUGCGCUGCUACCCAGUUCCCAUCCACUUCCAGAACGCCACGCUACUCAACUCCCAGUACUACUUCACUGCUCAGUUCCCUGCCGGCGGCAUUCACUCACCACAGCCCUUCACUGUGGGAGACAACAAGACCUACAACGGAUACUGGAACGCUCCUCUGUUACCGCAGAAGAGCUACAGCAUCUACUACCAAGCUGUCAGCACAGCCAACGGGGAGACCAAAAUCGACUGUGUUCGAGUAGCCACAAAAGCCGCCAUACUCGUGACUCAGCUCACAACCCCGUACCUCCGCAUCGCCCCAGCGGCCGGCGACAACCAACUAACAGGCGCAGCAACACACAAACCUGACGCUGUGGAGCCGGAGAAGCAAACGGACCAUACGGUGAAAAUCGCCGGGGUCAUCGCAGGCAUCCUCCUCUUUGUCAUCAUCUUCUUAGGAGUUGUACUCCUCAUGAAGAAAAGAAGAACCUAUCACUCCUACACUUACUACCUGAAAUUGGCCAAGAAGCGUAAGGAGACACUGAACAGCACCCGCCAAGAGAUGACAGUGAUGGUCAACUCCAUGGACAAGAGCUACACCGAGCAGGGCACCAACUGCGAUGAGGCGCUGUCCUUCAUGGACACGCACAACCACACGCUGAACACCCGCAGCGAGUGUGCGCUCACACUCAACGGUCGCAGCGAGUGUGCGCUCACCGUCAACGGCCGCAGCGAGUGCGCGCUCACUCUCAAUGGCCGCAGCGAGUGCGCCAUGACUCUGAACGGGCGAGCUGGAUCCUCUCCCUCCUCCUUCACGCUGCCUAAAGCCAACACUCUCAGCUCCUCCAUCCCUACAAACUCGUACUACCCAGAUCCUUUUGUGCCAACUGCUAUAUUAGUGCCCAUUAAUGAUGAGAGCCAGAACAUGGGCAGUGACACCAGCAGUCUGGUGCAGUCACACACUCACUCCCUGAGGAAGCGGGAGCAGGUCGACGUGCCGUACCAGACGGGUCAGCUGCACCCAGCCAUCCGGGUGGCUGACCUCCUCCAGCACAUCACCCAGAUGAAGUGCGCCGAAGGCUACGGCUUCAAGGAGGAGUACGAGAUAAACGAGAGCUUUUUUGAAGGACAGUCUGCACCGUGGGACUCUGCCAAGAAGGAUGAGAACCGCAUGAAGAACCGAUAUGGGAAUAUUAUUGCAUAUGAUCACUCCCGUGUCAGGCUGCAGGCCCUGGAGGGGGAACAGAGCUCCGAUUACAUUAAUGCAAAUUACAUUGAUGGCUACCACAGGCCAAAUCACUACAUCGCCACUCAAGGCCCCAUGCAGGAGACUGUGUUUGACUUCUGGAGGAUGGUCUGGCAGGAGAACACAGCAGCUAUCGUCAUGGUGACCAACCUGGUGGAAGUGGGCAGGGUGAAGUGCUGUAAGUACUGGCCCGAUGACACCGAGAUCUACAGAGACAUCAAGGUGACGCUGAUAGAGACUGAGCUGCUCUCCGAGUACGUCAUCAGGACCUUUGCUGUAGAGAAGAGGGGGGCUCAUGAGAUCCGAGAGAUCCGACAGUUUCACUUCACGGGCUGGCCCGACCACGGCGUGCCCUAUCACGCCACAGGCCUGCUGGGCUUUAUUAGAAGAGUCAAGUCCAAGACCCUGACCAACGCUGGGCCCAUGGUGGUUCACUGCAGUGCCGGAGCGGGACGGACGGGCUGCUUCAUUGUCAUAGACAUCAUGCUGGACAUGGCGGAGAGAGAGGGCGUGGUGGACAUUUAUAACUGUGUGAGGGAGCUGCGUUCACGGAGAGUCAACAUGGUGCAGACCGAGGAGCAGUAUGUCUUCAUACAUGAUGCCAUUUUGGAAGCAUGUCUCUGUGGCGACACCACCAUCCCUGCCAGUCAGCUCCGCUCUGUUUACUACGACAUGAACCGCCUGGACCCGCAGACCAACUCCAGCCCAAUCAAAGAAGAGUUCAGGACUCUGAACAUGGUGACUCCCACGCUGCGGGUGGAGGACUGCAGCAUCGCCCUCCUGCCCAGGAACCACGAGAAGAACCGCUGCAUGGACGUCCUCCCUCCAGAUCGCUGCCUCCCAUUUCUGAUCACCAUUGAUGGGGAGAGCUCUAACUACAUCAAUGCUGCGCUCAUGGAUAGUUACAAGCAGCCUUCUGCAUUCAUAGUGACGCAGCACCCGUUACCAAACACAGUGAAGGAUUUCUGGAGAUUGGUGCUGGACUACCACUGCACAUCUAUAGUAAUGCUCAACGAUGUGGACCCAGCCCAGUUGUGCCCACAGUACUGGCCAGAAAACGGAGUCCACCGCCAUGGACCCAUCCAGGUAGAGUUUGUCUCCGCAGACUUAGAGGAGGACAUCAUCAGCAGAAUAUUCCGGAUCUACAAUGCAGCCCGGCCUCAGGACGGCUAUCGGAUGGUGCAGCAGUUCCAGUUCCUGGGCUGGCCCAUGUACAGAGACACGCCCAUGUCCAAACGCUCCUUCCUCAAGCUGAUCCGACAGGUGGACAAGUGGCAGGAGGAGUACGACGGGGGAGAGGGGCGCACUGUGGUGCACUGUCUGAAUGGAGGCGGCCGCAGUGGGACGUUUUGUGCCAUUAGCAUCGUGUGUGAGAUGCUUCAACACCAGCGAUCUGUGGACGUUUUCCAUGCUGUCAAAACACUACGGAACAACAAACCCAACAUGGUGGACCUACUGGACCAGUACAAGUUCUGCUAUGAAGUUGCACUGGAGUACUUGAAUUCUGGGUAACUCUGAGCUCCUGAGCCCAGCAGAGACUUAAAGUUUUGGACUUUUUAGAAGACUGCAGUUCACAUGUGUGCAUUUGGCUAAGUGUGUGUGUUAUGGACCAGCAGGAGCGAGGUACGCACACAACCAUACAUGCAGCUCCUUUGACCAGCACUCUUCUACUUCUUCUACUUCUUCUCCUGGUCUUCAGUUGGGAAAGGUAGCGGAGUUGUACAGUGUUAAAUAUCACAGCCUGUUUCUGUGCGAAGGAACUCAGCCAGGAGCACAAGGAGGUUUAUUUUUUGGUCUGCAGUGAGUCGCCUCCUCUUCGGAUCCAUCUUUCUCUCUGCCGCUGUCUCUCUCAGCCGCCUGUAGUCCCGUGGUUGUUGCCUUGAUCCUCAUUGGACAGUUUAAUGUGGAAUGCGAAACACUGUACAUAAUGUAAUGUGUUAAUUUUAUUCUCUCUGAUUUUCUGUUUUUGCUCAGUUCAUGAUUACGAGUCAUUAAAUGCAGGAGCUCAAAGCCUAAAUGUUACUAAAUGUCCUGUAAACUUCUGACUUCUUGCUGAUUCUUGCUUCAUUCUGUACGUUUGGGACAGCUGGCUCAGUCUACAUCUGCUUACCUUAUUUCCUGUACAGGGAUCCAAAGCUUUAUUUGCACUUCCAUUGAAUCCUUGUUGUGCAUAUUGUACAUAU